ACAUGUGAUUAAUCAAGAAGGAAAAUGUAAAAUUAUACAUGUUGUGAUGUUAUUUGAAAAGGAAGCUAGAUGUCUGGUGAGACUGUUUGUAAAAACGAGGGCUUUACAGAAGUUGUUUAUCGAUCUGGGGAUCGAGCAACCCCACUUUCUUCAAUUGGAAACUAACAGCUGUUGGAAGAUCCCGCACCCCACUCUCUAGUCUUAUCAGUAAUCACAAUAGCUUAUUAAAACUUUCUAGUUUCUAGACCUCCCGAGGUUUGUACAUCAUAACAUAAAAGCCGACGUCGGGGCAAAAAAGAGAAAAGUAACCGAAUAAACUGGAAAUUCCAAAAGUGGGGUAGGUGUCUUCCUUCAAGAUGUGCGGGGGUUUCACCUGUUCGAAGAACGCUCUCACCGCACUCAACAUCCUUUACGUCGUGGUCGGCUUCAUCCUCAUCGUGGCCGCCGUCUAUGGCCGGGCGUCCGCUCUCGUCACCAACUUGCCCAUCAUCGGCGGCAUCCUCGCUUGCGGCAUCUUCCUCAUCCUCGUCUCCAUCCUCGGCCUCUUCGGCGCUAUCCAGCACAACCAAGUCAUGCUCUUUUUUUACAUGGUAAUUUUGUUCCUUCUUCUUCUUGUGCAGUUUAGUGUAGCUUGCGCUUGUCUUGCAGUGGACAUGGAUGAACAAAAACAACUGGCUGAAAAAGGUUGGGGACAAGUCGAUGACGAGCUUAAAAUUAAAGUUCAGAGGACUUUCAGCUGCUGUGGCUUCGACAAUAAGCCCCAUGCGCUCAAUGACUCGAUGGGCCAUCCCGUUUGUAUUAAAGAUGUGAGUCAUGAUUAUUUCCAAAAGAAAAAAAAAUUGACCGUUAAAUUUUUUUUUUUUUUUCAGCUUUCUUGCUGUCCGUUCGGCUCUCGAGAUGAUUGUACUUGCCCGCCUUGCAUGUUCAAACUCCAGUCUACGAUCAAUUACGCCUUUAAACUUUGCGGAGGGAUCGGACUCUUCUUCAGUUUUACCGAGUUUGUGGGUGUUUGGUUGACUGUACGUUAUCGAAACCAGAAGGACCCCCGUGCAAAUCCACGUGCUUUCCUUUAACCAUUAACUCCACUCGGUGGUGAUUGGAAUCAUGCUCGCUUUCCGGUACCGUAACCAAAUAGACCCAGACAUAGAUUUUGCCAAAACUUUGUUUUCACGGCAUAGAAACUACCGGUACACUAACAUUGGCCCACCCGUCACCACCGAUUAUAAGUCACAGAAUUCGUUAUAAUACUAAGGGGGAAUGUUUUAAAUAAAAAAAAAAUAUCCUGACUUAAUUAGUUAAGUUUACAAAUACGAAUCCAGAGCCAUAUCUUAAUUCCUCUCAUUUUUUUUACAUUGUGAGAUUUUUAAAAAUAUUUAUAAUAAUUUUAAUUAGGCUUAAUUACUGCUAAUUGUCAGGAUAACUUUGACUGAAAUAUUUUGCUUGUAAAAAAAA